CCGGUACGUGUGUUCUACAGCUGUUCUGCUGGGUGUAUUGAGAACCCUGAUCAGCAUAAUAUAUUUACCCUUGAACCACUCUAGCUAGCUACGGUACAUGUAGCCAGCUACCGGUAUGACAUACCGGUAGCGAAGUGAGCCGAACAACCAAAAACCAAAUCCAAAACCAAACCUCUCCCAAAUUCCACAAUUCGAGCUCCGCAAUCUCAAGAAGCAACUUCUCAAGAAGCGACUUCUAAAAACUGACCCACGCCCAACCCAAGCAAACAACCAUCUAUCAAUCAAAAUGCAACUUGGACUUCGCAGCAGUGGCCGGAAGAGUUCCAUGAGAUCUUCUACCGGUAGCGGUCCCACCAUGGACGAUAGUUCCAAGACAGGCUCGUCCUCUAAUAACGGUACCAGUACUUCCCGCAAGAGCCGCAGUGAGUUUUUGGCUCAGAGCAUGAAGGAAAUGGAUCCCCAAAAGAUGAUUGAAUUGUUGGAAAUGUAUGGCCAAUCGUCAGAAGGUGACAAUCAUGGCUUUGACUGCUUGCAGAGCAUCAAAAACUCCUCUCAAACCUCCAUGUCCUCAUUGCCAGAAGUGGCUCCCCCCAAAAAACACAAAAAGAGCAAGAAAUCUUCCAAUUUUUCAAAGGCUGCAUAAUAAGGGUAUACCGUAUGCUGGACCUCUCCUUGCUUCUAGACCCAGCCUUGCUCCAAUUUAGAUACUCUUCCUGCAUGCAACCGUAACACUAACUAGGAACUCUAUUCAUCACUG